GCUCUAGAGCAAGAAUUAACGCUAUGGGAACAUAAAGCUACCGGUUUAGAGGCGCAAGGACAGGACCUGGUGUCUGAAGGACAUUUCGAUGCACCGGCCAUCGAGAAGGAUUCCGCAAUGCUGCUGCAGGCAGUCAAGGGUCUGCAGCCCAACGCUGAGAAACGAAAGCAGGCGCUGGAGAGCAGUUUGCAACUCCACAAGUUCGCUGCUGAAGUGGCAGGUGAGCUCGACUGGUUAUCAGAGAGGGCUGCAGCGGCCUCUUCAGACACCAACCCUACUGAUCUACACGCUGCUCAAUCUGCGCAGAAGAAGCACGGCAAGCUCAAGGCUGAGCUGGUGGGCAGGAGACCCUUGAUUGAGAGGGUCAUUGCACACGGUCAUGGAUUGGUUGAAGAUGAACAUCCACAGAAAGAAAAGAUCUUGGAGUUGUGCGCGGAGCUGGAGCGCGCGUACAGCGACGUGUCGGACGCGGCGGAGCGGCGCGGAGCUGCGCUGGAGGGGGCGCUGAAGGCGCAGCAGUUCUACCACGACGCGCUGGAGGUGGACGCCUGGCUCGCCGACAAGGCCGCCGCGCUCGCCGCAGCCGACGUGGCGCGCGACCGACACCGGGCCACGCAGCUGCUCACCAGGCACAAGGCUGUAGAAUUGGAAUUAGACACAUACGCAGCCAUUAUCGCUGAGAUGGGUCACGUAGCCACCAGCAUGGCUAACAGCGGCCACCCAGAAGGAGAAGCUCUAGUAGCCAGACACGCACUCCUAGCAGAGAGUCUAAAACGGCUGCAGAGACUCGCCGCUCAGAGACAGAAUGCUCUUGUAGAGAGUGUCUGCAGGCAUGAAUACUUGGCUGAGAGUGCUGAACUAGAGAGCUGGAUCCAGGAGCAGUAUGCGGCAGCAUCCAGCGAAGACUACGGACAGGAUUAUGAACAUCUAUUGAUCCUCCGCUCGAAGUUCGACGAGCUCCGCCACCGAGUGGAGAGUGGAGCCGAGAGGUUCAACCAGUGCGAGGAAUUGGCCAAGAAACUGCUGGCCACGGAGAGUCCAUACAUUGGUGAUAUUGAGAAGAGACAAGAGGCACUCGGGGAAUGGUGGCAACGUCUAGUAGAGCAGAUGGAGUCCCGCGCGUCACGACUCCACGCCGCUGGUGAGAUCCAUCGGUUCCACCGCGAUGUUGGAGAGCUGGUGUCCAGGGCGGCUGACAAGAGAGCCGCCCUGGCUGCUCCUCCGCCACCCAGGGACCUGAGAGCUGCGACCAGCUUGUUAAGAGAACAUGAGACUACGCAGAAUGAUUUGUUAGCUAUAGACGCUCAGAUGCAGGUCUUGCAAGAAGAAGGGUCCCGUCUCCAAAAGCUAUAUCCUGGCGGGAAUGUGCAGCAGAUCGGUCUACAGCAGCAGGCGCUGGCAGAAGCCUGGGCGCAGUUGAAACAGGCGGCGGAUGAGAGGAAACAUACGCUGCAGCAGUAUUUGCAGCUUCACCAGUUCUUGACACAAGUGCGCGACCUGACGUCGUGGUCGGUGUCGCUGCGCACGUCGAUGUCCCGCGCGCUGCGCGUGCGCGACGCCGUGUCGGCGCAGUCCGCGCGCGCCGAGCACGACGCCGUGCGCGCCGAGCUGGACGCGCGCGACGACAGCUUCCGGGACGCGCUGCAAGCUGGCCGGGCGCUGCAGGCCGAGAAUCAUCCUAAUUCUGCUGAAAUUGAAGAAAAAUGUGAAGCGUUACUGGAGGAACGGAACCGUCUGCAUGGCGCGUGGGCAGCCCGCCAGGUGGCGCUGGACCAGCUCAUCGACCUGCACUGCUUCCUCAGAGACGCCAAACUCCUGCACGACCUGUGCGCGGCCCAGGAGGCUGCACUCAGUACUGAGGUCUCCCAAACGAGCAGUGUGGAGGAAGUGGACAAUCAGCUCAAAAAGCACGAAGCCUUUGAGAAGCUGCUGGCUACACAGGAUGAGAAACUGGCGACACUAAACAGCCACGGAGACAAGUUGCUCCAACAGAACCACGUGGAGAGUCAACGUAUAGCUGAUGAAUUACAGCAUAUCAAUGAAAGAAGGAAAAAGCUGUACGAGUCAGCGCGCGCGCGGCGCGUGCAGCUGUCCCGCGCGCGCGCCCGGGCCCAGUUCGCGCGCGACGCGGCCGAGGCCCGCGGGUGGGUGGCCGACAAGCUCGCCAAGCUCGCCGCUGAGCACCAGCACGGUGAAGUAACGAAUCUCGAGGACAAAAUCAAGAAGUUGCAGAAACACCAGGCCUUCACCGCCGAACUUGGCGCUAACAAGGCUCGUCUGCAAGAAGUCCAGGCUUUAGCUGAACAGCUGAAACCUGAUGAGGAGGUAGAGCAGCAACUCAAACAGUUGCAAGGAGACUGGGAACGGCUGCAGCAGGCCACCGAACAGAGAGGUCGUGGAUUAGAAGAAGCCCAAGAUAUAUUGGAGUUCAACCAGCAUCUGGACAAGAUCGAAGCCUGGAUCAGAGAUAAGGAGAUGAUGGUCCAAGCUCACGAGCUUGGCCGUGACUACGAGCACUGCAGCGCGCUGCUGAGGAAGCUGGAUGACAUGGACAGCGACAUGAAGGUGGACGACAAGAGGGUCAAGAGCAUCUGCGCACUCGCAGAUAAACUGCUGCAGCAGGGUCCGACCCAGCAAGCUGCAGCAGUAGCCCAGCGCCGUGACCUAUUCCUGGGCAAAUGGAACGCUCUGUCAGGAGCUCUGCAGAAAUACCGGGAUAAUCUGUCCGCCGCAUUGGAAAUACACUCUUUCAACAGGGAUGUAGAAGACACAGCCGAACGUAUCUCGAAGAAGGCGACGCUGUUCAGCAGUUCAGAGCGCGGCAGAGAACUGAGUGCCGCUCACGAGCUCAAGAGGAAACACCUGGCGAGGGCUGCGGAGGCUGGAGCUAUAGGAGACAAGAUCAACCAGCUGGAGGCAGAAGGGAAGGCCCUUACUAAGAAGUAUCCGGAGCGUGCGAAAGAGAUAGAGACAAGUUUGCAAAGCCUACGCGAAGGUUGGAACAAUCUGCAGGAAUUGGCUGCCAAACGUACCGCACUCUUGGACGAAGCUAUCGCUGAACAUAAGUUCGAUGAGAACCUCAAGGAACUGGAGUUGUGGGUGUCAGAGACAGUCAAAAGGAUGGACCAGAGUGGUGCCCCGGAGACAGUUUCUGAUGCUGAGGCGCUUCUGGAGCUACACCAUGAGAAGAAGGCGGAGAUCGAUGGUCGUCAGAAAGCAAUCAGCACUCUUCAGAAGGAGGUUGAACAGGUCCCGGAGAAGGUCAAGAGAGUGUCUCACCUAUCCACCACCCUGGACCAAGCCUGGCUCAAGAGGAAACAGUAUUUAACUCAGGGUCACCAACUGCAGCUGUUGAAGGAGCAGGCUCAGCAGACCGAGGACUGGCUCGCCUCCAAGGAAGCCUUCCUCAAUAACGAUGAUCUGGGAGAGAAUCUCGAUGCCGUGGAGACGCUGAUCCGCAAGCACGCCGAGUUCUCCAAGCUGCUGGACUCCCAGCUGGGCCGAGUGGACGAGCUGCAGCGGUUCUCUGCCAGCAUGCUGGAGGACGACCACUACGAUAGACCCUACAUAGAGAAGAGAGUGCAGGAGAUCCUCGCUAGGAGAGACAAACUUAAGGAGUCGUGCAAGCUUCGAGGUGAGAUGCUGGAGCAAUCCCGUCAGCUGCACCAGUUCCUCAGGAACCUGUACCACGAGCGGGAAUGGAUCGCGCUUAAGAUGCAGAUUGCUAAUGAUCAGAAUUACAGGGAGCUAUCAAACCUUCAGAGCAAGAUACAAAAGCACUCCGCGUUCGAAUCUGAGCUGGCGACCAACAAAGGACGUAUCGAUGACGUAGCCAACCACGGGGAGACGCUAAUUGAGAGCAAACACUACGCGUCUCAAGAGAUAGCCAAACAUGUUGAGGAGUUGGAGAACCAGUGGCGGGAACUGCAGGCCGCUGCCAAACUGCGACGAGAGAGGCUUCAAGAGGCCUACCAAGCCAGAGUCUACCUCCGAGGGCUGGAUGACUUCACAGCCUGGCUCGAUGAAGUUGAAGCUCAGCUCUUGAGCGAGGACCACGGCAAAGACCUGGCAUCAGUGACAGCCCUGCUGAAGCGACACACGCGAUUAGAACAACAGGUGUUGAGCAAGGCCGACGUGGCCACGCAACUAGCGGACAACGCCCAACAACUCGCCGACAGCAAGCACUUCAUGGCCCCGCAGAUAUUGAGUAAAGCGGAUCUCGCUGUUAAAAGAUACCGCCAGCUACAAGAGCCAAUGCAGAUCCGUCGCGAUAACCUCGAAGAUGCUGCAUUACUCCACAGAUGGGAUAGAGAUGCAGAUGAAGAAUUCAGAUGGAUGCAAGAGAAAGCGUUGGCUGUGAAGCAGGAAGAAGCUGGCGCCACUCUCGCUGAAUCCCAGGCAUUGAUGAAGAAACAUCUCGCUCUCGAAGCUGAACUUAUUUCAAGAGAGCCGUCAAUAAAGGCGUUGAUAGGUCGCGCGUCCCAGCUGUCCCGGCGCGGGCACUUCGCGUCGGGCGAGCUGGAGGCGCGCGCGCGGGACCUGGCCGCCGCCUUCCGCGCGCUGCUGGACGCCGCCGCCGCCAGGACACAGCUCAUACAGGAGCGCUGCGAGCUGCUGCAGCUUGCAUCAGAAAUAACAGAAGCUGAAACCUGGCUCUUAGAACGCCGACUGUCUCUGGUCUCCUCGGAUGUUGGGCGGGACGAGGAUUCGGCGCUGGCGCUCGUCCGCCGGUUGGAAGCCACGCAGAGAGAACUCACCGGGUUCGAUGCAACGGUCGUGAAACUGGAGAAGACUGCUAGUGGUCUGAUGGACCGAGCCACUAUUGAUGGAGAACAGGUCAAGAUGAGGAUGAAUGAGCUGAAGACCAUGUACGAAGACAUGAAGCUGUUAUCAGCUAAACGCCAGCAGCGAUUACAGCAGAGCUUGAAAUAUUUCAAAUUCGUCCAGGAAUGUGAGGAAGUACAGGAAUGGAUAGGUGAGCAGAUGGCGACAGCUGCCAGCGAGGAGUACGGUCUGGACGUGGAACAUGUGGAGACGCUGCAGCAGGCCUUUGAUAACUUCCUGGCACAGUUACAUGCCAACGAAGGUCGUAUUGAAGGAGUUUGCGAAGCAGGCAGCGUUCUGCUAGAAGAGAAUACUCCAGAAGCAGACAGAGUUAAGCAGAGGAUAGAUGACAUUAAGGGACUGUGGGAUGACUUGAAGGAGUUAGCUUUGGCCAGACAAGAGGCGUUGGCAGGCGCCCGCCAGGUGCAUGAGUUCGACCGUUCGGCUGAGGAAACAGCGGCCUGGGUGGCAGAGAAGGAGUCGGCCCUGGGAGACACCGCACCCCCACGGGAACUGCAUGAGCUCCAUGCGCAGAAGAGGAUGCUGAGCGCGCUCAGCGCCGACUUGGACGCCAUUAAGCAUGCACACGAUAAGCUGCAGGAGGAAGCUGUCAGACUCGGCACAGCCUUCCCCGACGCGAAGGAGCACGUAACUUCAAAACUGGAGGACGUUACGGAGUCGUUGACGACCCUGGUCUCUUUGACCCAACAGUGCAGCCAACAGCUGGAACUUGCCGAACAGUUGCAAGCUUACUUCGAUACUUACCAUGAGUUACUGGCGUGGACCAACGAAACCCUAGCCAGAGUAACUGCUCCAGAGCUGGCCAGCGAUGUCUCUGGUGCUGAACGUCUUUUGGCUCGUCACCGAGACAUACAUGUAGAGAUCCAGGCUAAAGAAGAUGCUUUCAACACCUUGUACAGUGAUGGUGAGAAACUGGUGAAAGAAGGUCACUUCAUGUCAAACGAGAUAGAAGAGCGUAUGUCACAUUUGCGCUCGCGCAGAUCUCAGCUGGAUGGCGCGUGGUCCAACCGGGAGAAGAUUUACACACAGCAUCUGGACGCGCUCGUCUUCAAGAGAGAUGCUGAUGCUCUGGAUAACUGGAUCACGAACCGAGUGCCAUUGGUUCGUGACGGCAAGUACGGAGAGAGUGUCGCUCAAGUAGAAGAAUUGAUCAACCGCCAUAGAGAUCUAGAGGAAACCAUAGAUGCACAGAAGGACAAGUUCAACGCUCUCAAGAGGAUUACUCUAGUAGAACAAGCGUUCCAAGCGCAGCGUAACGAAGAAGAAGCGGCCCGGAGAAGAACAGCCGAACGGCAAGAGGCUGAACGUUUACAGCAGUAUAGAAAGAGAGAGAUGGAGAGGAUUACGGAAGAGAGGAGAAGAGAGACUGCUCCACCUGUACCUAUAGCUAUAGAACGAGAAACUGAACGUGAGCGUCUCGUGGGUUCCGUGGUCCCCGCCUCCUCAGAGGAGAAUAUCACCCCCGCCCCACAGUUCGACAGACUACCCAAAAACGAACACAACGUGAAACGCGCCGAAAGCAUGAGUGUUGUAAAGACACCUAAACGUACCCCAUCGUUCACGACCAGGCGUCGAACCCAAAGCUUCCGCAGACACAGGCACGGCGACAUUGCUGAAUUACCACCUGUUGAAAUAGAAGGCUACCUGGAGCGCAAGCAGGAGGCAGGCUGCGGUGGUAAGCGCGCGACGGUCCGCUCGUGGCGCUCCUACUACUCCGUGCUGUGCGGCCAGCUGCUAUGCUUCUUCCGCGAUGAGCUGGACUUCGCCAGCGCCAAGGCUGCGGCUCCUCCUGUCGCCAUCCUCAAUGCCCGGUGCGAGCCAGCUGGCGACUACACAAAGCGCGCUCACGUGUUCCGCCUGGCGUGUGCUGAUGGCGCUGAGUAUCUCUUCGCCUGCUCCUCCAAGGACUUGAUGAAGGACUGGGUAGCCAAGCUGUCGUUCCACGCGCAACUGCCUCCUGAACUUCAACUAACUCCGUACUCCGCUGUACCUCCUGGCGAGUCACCUACAGCGGAGAUGAGGAGAAGACUGCACGAGAACGCAUCAUCUUCAUCAUCACCGACGUCAUCCCCCGAGCCGCGACACAAGCCGCGCUCUCAGGCUGAGAUCCUGCAGGAACACCGCAUCAGUCAGCAGGAACAGCGCGUCAGUCAGCACGAACAGCGCUCAGCACAGCCCUCACAGCAAGACAGACCAGACAGGACCAGUCAACAUGAUGUACACAGAGUUAGCAGUAUACAGGAGAAAAUCGAAUCUUCUGUACUCCCCUCCCUACCGCCCCGACAACCCCCACCAGAGGAAGACGCCACCGAUGUUAUACUCAGGAAUACAGAACAGACUUCCAGCGCUUGGGGCAGAUCGCGGUUCUCAAACGGCAGAGACAUCAACGCUGAAUUUAUUCGUUCACAAAGAGACGCCUACCACGGAGCCCCACCUUUACCCCUAUCGGGGCCUCCGGACCGUCCGCCAUUACCGGACAGAGCCCCAACACUACCCGAACGCCCGCCGAACUUACCCGAACGGCAGCCGAACAUUUCCGAACGGAACCAGGACAAGCAGUCUGUGUCUGCGUUAGUCAACAGUUACCAACAACGUAUGUCGGGCAAUUGGCAAGGCAGAGAUGGUAAUAGGAAUACCACGUCGUGGCAGGGCUAUAGCCAGAGUAGCCAGAAUAGCCAGAACAACAAUUGGCAGAACGUGGAGACGACAUCGCAUUUUUAUUCGACGAGCGAAACUGCGUACGGCGGCAACAGCGCAGGCAGCACUCGUCCGGCAUCAGUAGCCGGUAGUGGAGGCUCACCAGCUCUCGACCAAAGACCGGCUUCUAGGUCAUCAGGCGAAUCUGAACUGUCAGUGAGCGGGGUCACAAAGGACAAAAAGGAUAAGAAGGGGGUGUUCGGCGGCCUGUUCAGCAGAAAGAAGCGGCCACAGAGCCAUAUGUAG